AUGGGACAGCGCGUAUCAAAUGAGGAUUAUCAAUGGAAUUACACCGAUCAACCACAUUUAAAUCGGAGAAAAAAAAUCAUCAAGAAAUAUCCAUGCAUAAAGAAGCUCUUUGGUAUCGAUGAAAGUUUCAAAUAUGUUGUCACUGCCAACGUUUUUGUGCAAAUUGUUGCUUCUUAUCUUCUUAAAGAUUCGAGUUGGUCUCUUGUUAUACUUCAAUCGUACUUCUUUGGUGGUAUCAUAAACCACGGUUUGACAUUAGCAAUACAUGACAUAUCUCAUAACGUCGCCUAUGGAAAUUCACGACCAUUGGCUAACCGAUUAUUCGGUAUCUUCGCAAAUCUGCCAAUCGGUAUACCCAUGUCGAUAUCAUUUAAGAAAUACCAUGUGGAGCACCACAGAUACUUAGGCGAAGAUAAGUUAGACACGGAUUUGCCGACAGAAUUAGAAGUUCACUUGUUUGCGACUACCUUUCGUAAAUUAGUAUGGUUAUUGCUGCAGCCCAUAUUUUACGCCUUUCGACCACUAAUUAUAUAUAAGAAAGCACCAACUGAUCUCGAAAUUAUAAAUGCUAUUGUUCAGAUUUCAUUUGAUUUACUUAUUCUAUGGCUUUUCGGAUUAAAAUCAUUAUUUUAUUUGAUAUUUGGCACAAUAAUAGCGAUGGGAAUUCAUCCAAGUGCUGGACAUUUCAUAUCGGAACACUAUAUUUUCUUUAAAGAUCAAGAAACGUAUAGCUAUUACGGCUGUUGGAAUUUGGUCACUUAUAAUGUUGGCUACCAUGUUGAACACCAUGAUUUUCCUUAUGUUCCAGGAAGAAAUUUACCAAAAAUUCGAGCAAUAGCAUCCGAAUUUUACGAAGGUUUAUAUGAACAUAAAAGUUGGAUAUGGGUUUUAUACCAGUUUAUCGCAAAUCCAUCAAUACGCCUGUCUUCUCGUAUCAAAAGGAAACCAACCACAAAUCAGCAAUUUUAUGACACAAAUAUGACCUCCAAUUAUUUCACUGAGGUCAGCCUUAACUUAAUAACAAAAAUUUUAAUCAAAUCCAUAUAUUCUCCUCAAAUAAAAUUAUAG